AUGGACGCCGUGGCGGAUCGGGAUUUUCUGGUGGAAUACCACGCGUCGGCGGCGGUAGCAAUGAUGCACAUUUCCCGGCUUGCCGAAGAGAUCGUCAUCUGGUCCAGUCGCGAAUUCGGGUUUGUGGCGCUGGCUGAAGAGUUCACCACCGGCAGCAGCAUCAUGCCGCAGAAACGCAACCCGGAUUUCGCCGAGAUUGCCCGGGGCAAGACCGGACGGGUGUACGGCCACCUGAUGGGGAUUCUCACCGUGCUCAAGGGGUUGCCGUUGACAUACAACCGAGAUUUGCAGGAAGACAAAGAGGGCUUUUUCGACACGGUGGAUACGGUGCUCAGCACGCUGGGGGUGUUCGCCGACAUGCUGUCAGGGAUGGAGCUGGACGCUGACCGGGUUGAAUCGUUGGCUGGGGAAAGCUACAUGCUGGCCACUGAUAUGGCGGACUAUCUGGUGGGGAAGGGGGUCCCGUUCCGCGAGGCUCACGGUGUUAUGCGUCGCCUCUGUCGAUAUUGUGAAGAAUCCGGUACAGCGUUGUCAGAUUUGCCGCUCACCGAGUAUCACAAGUUUUCGUCGGAUUUUGGCGCCGACGUCUUUGACAUCACGGCGGCGGCAUCGGUGGCGGCGAGAGACAAUCCCGGUGGCACCGCUCCGAUAGCUCCCUCGGUGUUGGCCGCAGAUUUUGGCCGUCUGGCGCAGCAAGUGCGGGAUGCCGACGCCGCAGGAGCCGAUCUGAUACACGUUGAUGUGAUGGACGGCCGGUUCGUAUCAAACAUUUCGUUCGGCGAAGUCGUGGUGGACUGUAUCCGCAGCGCCACCGACCUGCCGCUCAAUUUGCAUCUGAUGGUGCACGAACCGGAUCGUUUGCUACCCGGUUUGAUGAAGGUAAGCUCGGACCAGGUGCUGGUGCAUGCGGAGGCGUGUGCCCAUCUGCACCGCACGAUCGGUUUGAUAAAGGAGAAUGGCAACCAGGUAGGAGUUGCGAUCAAUCCCGCAACACCCAUUUCGGCGGUGGAGGAAGUAUUGCCCGACCUGGAUAUCGUGCUGGUGAUGACAGUAAAUCCGGGUUUCGGUGGACAAUCGUUCAUCCCGGCGGCGUUGGGGAAAUUGCGCCGUUUGUACGACGUGAUUCAGGAGCAUGGAUAUCCGGUUCAGCUGGAGGUGGAUGGUGGCGUGAAAGCCGACGCCACGGCACGCGAUUCAGUGGCGGCCGGCGCUGAGAUCCUCGUCGCUGGCACUGCCAUCUUCAACCGGGAACAGUCUGUGGCCGAGGCGAUAGCAGCGCUACGCGAUGCUGCCAACGGGGUUGCACCUGGCCAGUAG